GGAAGAAGAGGCCGUCCUAUGAGCGGCGGAGGCGGAGCAGCGCCCCCUAGCGGCAGCCGAAGGCAGUGGCGGCGGCCGAGGAGAGAAAGGGAAGUAAUGGCGGCCAGUUAGUCUCUGCGGCGGAGCGGAGGAGGAAGAGGACGCUGCUGCUGCUGUCGUGCCCUGGGGCCCCUGCUCCGCCUCCGGAGCCAAGGCUGUAGCAGUAGCAGCGGAGGCGCCAUGGUGAACACCCGCAAGAGCUCCCAGUCCCAGCGCCUGGCAGGGAAAGCAGCGGCGGCGGCGACCCCCGGCGGCGGCGGCCAUUUCAUUUCAUCCAGGACCCGCUUGUCCAGGACCAGCGCCAAGGCGGCCGCGGCGGCAGCAGCAGCAGCAGCGGCGGCCGGGCAGGAAGAGGAGGCGGCCCGGAGAGAUGAUGGCAGCGAUGGUAGCUUGAGUGAUAGUCACAUUUCUCCUCCAGCCAAACGUACGUUGAAACAUGCUGAUUCUGUACGCAAAGACAAAUCAAAAUCUCGCAGUACUGGGCAGCGAGAGGAAUGGAGCGUCUCAACUGGACAGUCCCGGUUAAAUUCUCAAUCUGGUGCUACCUUACCAAAUGGGCGUAAUUUAUCUCUCAAAAGCUGCUCCCUUCGUGGGGAGAAAAAGGGAGAUGGGGACCAUGCUUGCAUAAAUGGAGGCAGAGAAAUCAGAAAAAGUUGUCGGUCCAGGAAAAACAGAUUUGAAAGUUUGAAUCAAAGUUUACUGUUUGACCAGCUAGUAAACAGUACUGCUGAAGCUGUUCUUCAGGAAAUGGACAAUAUUAACAUCAGACGGAAUAGGCGAUCAGGUGAAGUGGAACGGUUGCGCAUGUGGACAGAUACAGAAUUUGAAAACAUGGAUAUGUACUCACGUGUAAAGAGAAGGAGAAAAUCAUUGAGGAGAAAUAGUUAUGGAAUCCAGAACCACCAUGAAGUUUCCACAGAAGGGGAAGAAGAAGAGUCACAAGAGGAGGAUGGAGAUAUCGAAGUAGAAGAGGCAGAAGGAGAAGAAAAUGAUCGUCCAUAUAAUCUGAGACAGAGAAAAACAGUUGAAAGAUAUCAAGCACCUCCUAUAGUGCCAGCUCACCAGAAGAAAAGGGAAAAUGCAUUGUUUGACAUUCAUAGGUCUCCUGCAAGAAGAAGCCAUAUCAGAAGAAAGAAGCAUGCCAUUCAUAGCAGUGAUACAACUUCUUCAGACGAAGAACGUUUUGAAAGAAGAAAAUCUAAGAGCAUGGCAAGAGCAAGAAACAGAUGUCUGCCUAUGAACUUCAGAGCAGAAGACUUGGCCAGCGGAAUCCUACGUGAACGAGUAAAAGUUGGUGCAAGCCUGGCUGAUGUGGAUCCAAUGAUCCUUGAUAAAUCGGUGCGCUUUGACAGCAUAGGUGGAUUGAGCAAUCAUAUUCAUGCACUUAAGGAAAUGGUUAUAUUUCCUCUUCUGUAUCCUGAAAUAUUUGAAAAAUUCAAAAUUCAACCACCAAGGGGCUGUUUGUUUUAUGGUCCUCCUGGAACAGGUAAAACCUUGGUAGCUAGAGCUCUGGCCAAUGAAUGCACCGAAGGGGAAAGGAAAGUUGCUUUUUUUAUGAGGAAAGGAGCAGAUUGUCUCAGCAAGUGGGUUGGUGAAUCUGAACGGCAACUUCGACUCCUCUUUGAUCAAGCAUACUUGAUGAGACCAUCCAUAAUUUUUUUUGAUGAAAUAGAUGGCUUGGCUCCAGUACGUUCUAGCAGACAAGACCAGAUUCACAGCUCUAUAGUGUCUACUCUACUUGCUCUUAUGGAUGGACUUGACAACAGAGGAGAAAUAGUUGUCAUUGGUGCUACAAACAGACUUGAUUCAAUAGAUCCAGCACUCAGGAGACCUGGUCGUUUUGACAGGGAAUUUCUUUUUAGCUUGCCUGAUCAAAAGGCAAGAAAGCACAUUUUACAAAUUCAUACCAGGGACUGGAACCCCAAAUUAUCAGAUCAUUUUUUAGAAGAGCUAGCUGAAGAAUGUGUCGGGUAUUGUGGAGCUGACAUAAAAGCACUUUGCACUGAGGCUGCCUUGAUUGCCCUGCGACGGCGCUAUCCUCAGAUCUAUGCGAGCAGUCAGAAGCUGCAGCUUGACGUUUCUUCAAUAGUUCUCAGCGCACAAGAUUUUUACCAUGCAAUGCAGAACAUUGUGCCUGCCUCUCAGCGUGCUAUAUUGUCAUCAGGGCAUGCACUGUCUCCCAUCAUAAGGCCACUGUUGGAAAGAACCUUCAAUGAUAUUCUGGCAGUAUUACAUAGAGUGUUUCCUCACGCUGAACUCAGUCAGGGUGACAAAAGAGAAGAUGCAACAAAUCUAAUUUUGGAUGACAGUGAAGAUGAAAAUGCUUCAUCAAUAUUUGAGACAAGUUGUCAGUCAGGCUCACCAAAGAAACAAUUAUCAGCUGCUAUACCUAAACCAUAUCUUCAUUUUACAAUGUCAGCUUACCACCAGCCCACCUCUUACAGACCAAGAUUAUUGCUUUCAGGAGAAAGAGAUUCAGGUCAGACUUCACACCUUGCUCCAGCACUAUUGCACUCUCUUGAAAAAAUUGCUGUACACAGAUUAGAUCUGCCAGCACUUUAUUCGGUCAGUGCCAAAACACCGGAAGAAUCAUGUGCACAGAUCUUUCGUGAAGCAAGGAGAACACUACCAAGUAUUGUUUACAUGCCUCAUAUUGGUGAUUGGUGGGAAACUGUCAGUGAAACUGUGAGAGCUACAUUUCUAACUUUGCUGCAAGAUAUACCAUCAUUCUCACCUAUAUUUCUACUCUCUACCUCUGAAACUAUGUAUAGCGAGCUGCCAGAAGAGGUGAAGUGCAUCUUUAAAAUCCAGUAUGAAGAGGUUUUUUAUAUUCAGAGACCUAGUGAAGAAGACAGGCGUAAAUUUUUCCAAGAGCUGGUUCUCAAUCAGGCAUCAAUGCCUCCUCCAAGGAGGAAACAAAUUGCUCUUUCUGACAUGGAGGUGCUCCCUCUUGCCCUACCAUCUCCUACCCGCCAGAUGUCAGAGGCAGAAAAGCAGAGAAUGGAGGACCAGGAAGAAAACACACUGAGAGAGCUGCGGUUGUUUCUCAGGGAUGUUACCAAGAGGCUGGCCACAGACAAGCGCUUUAACAUCUUCAGCAAACCGGUGGAUAUUGAAGAGGUUUCAGAUUAUCUUGAAGUUAUUAAAGAACCAAUGGACCUAUCUACAGUAAUAACUAAAAUUGAUAAACACAACUAUUUAACGACAAAGGAUUUUCUAAUAGACAUAGAUCUCAUCUGUAGCAACGCAUUGGAAUAUAAUCCUGACAAAGAUCCGGGUGAUAAAAUAAUUAGACACAGAGCCUGUACUUUGAAGGACACUGCACAUGCUAUCAUUGCUGCUGAGCUGGAUCCAGAGUUCAAUAAAAUGUGUGAAGAAAUCAAGGAAGCAAGAAAAAAGAGAGGCUUAUCAGUAACAGCAGAACAAAUAACUCCUCAUGGUUCCAGUGUACAGAAAACAGAAACUAGAGUUGAAGAAGCAUUCCAGAGCAAGCAAAAAAAUGCAAUGGCACUUUGGCACAGUUCUGCAAAUAAAUGUGCAUUUCGUUUAAGGAGGAAAUCAAGACGACGUUCACAGUGGGGCAAAGGCAUUAUUAAAAAGAGAAAAGUGAAUAAUUUAAAAAAAGAUGAUGAUGAUGCCAAGUUUGCAGAUGAUGAAAAUCAAGGAGAGGACAACAAACUGAUGGAGAAUGGGGAACUUGAGGGAAGUACAGACUGCAUUGAGGAGAAUGGGGAGGAAGCAGGAGACCUCUUUCUGACAAAUGAUGAAUCAUCUUGUGAUAUCAUGGAUAUACAUGGAGAACAAAGACUUAACAAUGGGACAGUGGGGAAAGAAAAUAGUAUCCCAUCCACAGAAGAAAGUUCAAAUGAGUCUCUACUGGUAAAUACUAAGAUAGAUAUGAAUGUAGGAAAGGAAUCUAAGGAGGAAUCACUAUUCAAGAGAGACUGUUUAAAUGGUGAGGCCUCUGGUACGAUGCCUAUUCCUACAUGUCAGUAUGGCAAAUGUGAAUCGUUGAAUGCUGUAUCACCUUCUGGCAUUACUGAUACAUCUACUCUGAGACAAACUGCAACCACAGAUGAUUACCAAAAAGAAAACCCAGAAGCUUCAAGUGAUAGUCAAGAAGUAGAACAGAUAAAAUAUCCUGGCAGUGAAGCACCACAUUGCAGCAAUAAUGAGAAAAAAACACAAGGCACAGAUGUUGAGACUAAAGAAACUGAAUCAGAUAAAGAAGGUACAUUUAAAAAUAAGAAACUUCGUAAGGUUGCUUUGGCCCAGGUUCCAGAGGAACAAGAUCCUGUACCCCCUGUUGUUGUUGACCACGACAGAUUAAUGCAUUUACUAGAUUUGUUGGUUAAGAAGAGUGAUAACCUGACUGUAGAUCAGCUUGAGAGGCUCUACUCACUCCUUAAUCAGUGCAUCUACCGGCAUCGUAAAGAUUACGACAAGACACAGCUUGUAGAGGAGAUGGAAAGAACAGUUCAUAUGUUUGAAACAUUCCUGUGAACUCUCCAAGACGUACGGGUUUAUCUUUUCAUAAGCUGCUCAUGGAAGAGCAGUCUUCUGAGCCAUUCGAUUUCCAGUUGCACCAAGUAUGUGCAGAGCCUUGGUCUUAACAUGCUCGCUCUUUGUCUCAUUUUCUGUUAUGAAUUUGGUGCUAUUGUCUCAGGUACCUGAAACCAGCCAGCCUACAAGAACCAAACAGAACUUCAUAAUAUUUGUAUCUUGAUAGAAAUAAAGAAUAUAAUGCCACAACUUGGAGAUUUUGGUGCUACAGAAACUGCUCUCAUUUCUGCUGUCUACAUGCAUUAUCUUAUGAGAAGCUUCAGGCAACAUGGAGCAGGCUAACAAAACACCCACAAACUGGAUAGAGCAGAUGUAACUGUUUUGUAAGUGGGCAACUUCUAAAAAAAUAUUUUUCCCUUUUCCUUUAUUCUCUGAGGUGAUGGACAGAAGCCUGUUUUUAAAGCUGGCAGUGAAGAAUUGUGGUAAAAAUGAAUUACUUUGGUAUACAAUAAUGUGAAGUUGAGGCUCUCUGGAGCUGCCUUCAAUGUGCCUUUAUAGUCAGUGGAGGGAGAAGGAGUAAGAGGAGGAGAAGGCUAUUAAAAUGAUUGGGAUUGUAGCCAAUGACAGAAUUAGUUAUUUUCAAAAGCCUGUGUUCCCAAAGAACAGUUUCAGGUUCUCAUAUUGUCAGAUGGCAGCCAGUGCUAUGUUUUAACAUGUAUAUGUUGCUCUCCAGAAAUCAAAAUUAUGGAAAUAAUGUCAAAUGCAUUUAUUCCAAAAGUAUAUUAGUUUUUCAAACAAACUGUGCUGUGAAAGUUUCACAGUGGAUAUAUAAGGUGGCUGUAGUUGUGUUUUUUGUUUUUAUUUGAAAUGUUCCAUUGUAAUCCUUCAGAGUUCUUAAAAACAGGUUUCUUUCUGAACUUCCGUUAUUUUGGAAAGACUUGCUGGGUGGCCAUAUUCAGAAGAGACAGUUUUGUCCUCUAAAUUUGUUUUAGUGACUGUAAGAAUUAGACCAAGCUUAUUCAGUACAAUCCAUAUUGAACAGUGUUAAUUAGAAGAUCAUUUAAUGGCCUUUCAUUUAGUUUAUUUUGGGAUGUCAGAAUUGGCCUGUAAAGAUUGCUGUUUUCUUGGGCUGAAUGAUGUGACCAAGCUCCCAAACUCCUUCUUUUAAUAAUUAAGAGAAGGUUGACGUUAAGGCAGCAGGCAUUCUCUUCUAGUGUCAGUAUUUGGCAGCCUCUGACAAGUCAGACUUGUUGUAGGUCAACAUGUAGAAGGUCAGGUGGAUGGUUGAGCUCUUGCUAUAAGUGUCACAUGAAAUAGUGUCCACUUUAUACCAUGCUCUGAAGCUGCAGAAGUGUCUUUUCCAAAAUGUGCAACUCAGUUUGUUUUGGUUUAAUUGAGCAAAAACAGUUCUUGGAAUACUGCAGAGAUACUCCGCUACCUCAGCUUUUUGUAUUUUAGUUACCACCAGUGUUUACAGAAAGCUGCAAUCUGUUUUGCUACCGUUUACAUGCUGAAGUUAAGGUACGUGUCACGAGACGUGUAGCUUGUACUAGUAGGCCAUUGCUGAAAAUCAGGCUGUGGCAUUAGGCUACUGCAGUAAUCCAAUGUCCUUUUUACUCUCUCCCCUCCAACCUUAGAGAUUUUUUCUUCUUCUGGCCAAGCCUCUCUAGGCCCACUCCCCUGAUGCCACUUUGUUAAGUUGUAAUAUGCAUUUAGUCACACUAUUCUAAACACAACUCCUGUAGAAAUGCUGUAUUUUUAGGUGGGAAAGUGCGAUUAAAAUGAAAGCAUAUUUUAAAAACUUGUAGUUCAUUCAUUUUAGAAAUUUGAUUGUGGGGAACGUCUCACUUUUCUGUUAAUAUUUAUUGCCAUUUUUUUCCCCGUUGAGGAUAUUUUGCUGUCAAAACCCAUUAGCAUUUUGUAUUUUGAUGGAAAAAAUUGUUACAAAACUUUGAGAUUUGAUGAAAUGAAAUGUAGCAGAUUUUUUGUAGCAAGUUUCUGGUAAAACAGUUUUUUGCAAGUCUCAGGUUCUUGCAGCAUUUUUUAAAAAUAUAGUAUUCUAGUUCAGAGGUUCUUUUGUUCAAGUAGCAGCAGCGCUUGUGAAAGGAAAAAAAACUGCAUACAUUUUUAACAAGUUGCUAAAUUUGUACAAAUUUAAAUCCUUUAAAUAUAGUUGUUAAAUAAUUUGAAGAGUAUCUGAAAUUCAAGUCCGGCAUUAAAAAUGCUUCCAAGUGGUCAGCUAAGGAGAGGGAAAAAAAAAUCUCAGUAGUUUCUGAAUGUUGAAAGAGAAAGUAAAGAACGGCCUCUAAAUGUUAUAGGAUUUUCAAAUAAAUUAGCUUAUAUAAAUGUGUUAGUGGGCAACAUGAAUAAAAUGAUAUAUUCACUCUUUUGGCUCCAGAACCAUGUUAAAACAUGUAUUGCUUUACUUUACUAAUAGCUUAGUGGUUGUAGAGUUAAACCUGUUAAUCUCUUCCUGUUGUCAAGUUGUUUACUCUCUGUAUUUUUGUUGUUAUUAUUUUUGCCACAUAAAAUUGGCAAUAAUCUGUACAAAUCAAUUCCUGUUUCUUGUUAUGAAUAUUAUUACCAAUGAACUCCUGUGCAAGGCCUUAUCCUAGGGCAAGAUGGAGGUUAAAUUUCUGUGGAGCUAAUAAUGAAACUGCUCUAAGACGACCACGGCUGUGGAGUUAAUUGUGUUUGCAAGCUUGAAUUUCACCUGUGAUUAAUUUAUGUUUUGUGUCUUUGGUACUGUUACCUGAGUUUUCUCAUAUGCCAAUUUAUUUAUUAUAGGAUUAUGGGGGGUCUUUCUUUGCUAAUACCUGUCUUCCCAUGCUUUUUUUUUUCUUUUCUUUUUUUUAAGUUGGGGUCAUUUCUGGCUUUGUUUGAUACUUUGAAUGGCAGGUCCUGUAGCUGCUCACCAUAUUCUCCCCCUUUUUCAUGUAAAUUCAACAUAGGCUUGAAUUUGAGCUCAUACCUGCUUUUUUCUAUAUUGUAUGUUGGUUUACUAGGCAAUGGGGAUGUCUUGUUGUUUGGUUUCUUUCAUGUGUGUCUACUUUUUGAUUAAGUAAGCUUACUUCCUCAGCUAUGAUAAAUUUGGGAUUCUAUCAGUUGUAUUCAGAAUUGUGUUUCACUUGAUUUUUUUUUUCAUCUUGACUUCAUCCUGUGUUAGCCAAGUAAAUUAUUUAAUUUUUUUUUAAAUUCUGGAUAUUUUGAACAUUUUACUGUAAUUUGUAAUAUAACUGCUGUGAAAUACUUGAAUAAAGAUGACAAGU